ACCUCGUUUACCACUUGGAUACGUUGGGAAACUUCCGUUCCGCUGACCCCGAAGGCUGACGCAGUGUGUCGAGGUAUAUAAGUACGGUAUGAUAUGUAUGUUUGAUUUAUCCGAGCUGUUUAUCCCCCCUCGGUCGGGAUUAUAUGGAAGCGGAAACAGAAGCAGGUCGACCUCACGCCUGCGUCCCUCCUCAAUCGAGAUUUCAUGAAAGCCAGGCCUGUCCUGUCCUGUCCUGACGCCUGCCCCCUCCUCCUCCCCCUCCUCCGAAUCGACCUCCGAAUCGACCUCCCGCCGCCGCCGCGAUGCCUCAUAGCGAGCCAGACUAUCCGGCGGAAACGGCGCGGCACUUCUGCGACACCGGGAUCUGGAGGGAUGCGCCGGUGCUCACGGGCACGACGUCGUUCCCGCCGCUAGAUGACGCAAAGAAUAUCCUUGUGACUGGCGGCGAGGGGUUCAUUGCCUCCUGGCUGGUGCGCCAUCUGACACUGACCUACGAGCACUACAAAAUCGUGUCCUUCGACAAACUCGAGUACUGCGCGUCGUUGAACAAUACGCGGGCGCUCGACGGGCGUUCCAACUUCACGUUCGUGUUAGGGGACGUGACGUCUCCCGCCGAAGUCGGCGCCGUCCUCCGCACCCACAACAUCGACACCGUGUUCCACUUCGCCGCACAGUCGCAUGUCGACAACUCGUUCGCCCGCGGCGGCGGCUCCCUCGAGUUCACUAACACGAACGUCUACGGCACCCACGUGAUGCUGGAGUGCGCACGCAACCAUUCCCCGCUGAAAAGGUUCGUCCAUGUCUCCACCGACGAGGUAUACGGCGAGGUGCCGGACGACGCCGAGGACCUGCGCGAGGAUGCGCCGCUCGCCCCGUCGAAUCCGUAUGCUGCCAGCAAGGCCGCCGCGGAAAUGCUGGUGCAUAGCUACCGCAUGAGCUACCAGCUGCCGGUGAUAGUGGUGCGGAGCAACAACGUCUACGGGCCGCACCAGUUUCCGGAGAGUAAGCCUUCCCUCCCCCUCCCCCUCCCCCUUCCCCCAGUUUUCCAGAACAACUGAUCCCCGCCACCAGAAAUAAUCCCGAAAUUCACCUUGCUCCUUUCGCGGCGGCAGCCGCUGCCCCUGCACGGCUCAGGCGCGCACAAGCGGCGGUACCUGUUCGCGUCCGACGCCUGCGACGCCUUCGACACGAUCCUGCACCGCGGAGCGAUCGGGGGGAUCUACAACGUUGGCUCGGCGGACGAGCUGUCGAACACGGCGCUGUGCCGGCAUCUCCUGCAGGAAUUCGGACAUGAUCCUAAGGAUCUGGAAAGCCAUGUCAGGCGCAUCCAGGAUCGCCCGUUCAAUGAUAAAAGGUAUGCCGUUGAUGACGCGAAAUUGAGGGUGUUGGGAUGGAGGCAGAAGGUUGGACUGCGGAAGGGGCUGAGGAUCACGGUUGAGUGGUAUAGAAGAUACGGCGAGGGGUGGU